UUCGAACUCAUAGAAGGCAGCUACGAGGUGGAGGUCAUUAUGGAAGCUCCAAAAGGAAUGGUGGGUACGUUUAAAGCGAUCGCUUGGCUAUGGGAGGAGUAUCCAAAGGGCUGUACAAUGGUUGCGAAGGGCGAUAUGCUUUCAUGCGUUAUUCCACAACUCCUACCGAAUGCCCCAUACACGGUUGCUGUGGAAACUUGCAAGGAGGAAAACGAUUGCGUUCUCUACAGUGAUUGCGUGGACUUUGUUUGGACAAAGCCUAGUGGUAAGACGUAG